AUGGCCACUAACUACCACAGCCAUGGAUUCAAGUACCAAUCCUUCCUGACUCCUGACAGAAUAAUCAUUGACUUACGAGGCCCCUACGAUGGAAGGAUUCAUGGUCUGAUCACAAUGUGGACAUCCAGCUUGCAUGAAGUUUUAGAGGAACGUACCUGGACAGAAAACGGACAGUCUCUUGUUAUUUAUGGAGACCCUAUCGCUGCACGUACUAUUCUUAGUACCUCAUUAAUGCCAGGAGAUGAAUCUUCGGGAGAUUCUGAAGAAUACCUUCGUACAGUCCGUGACAUUGCAGCAGCUCGAAAAGGAAGCUGGAGCCCUGGUGUCAGUUCCCGAGGCAAUCGCCAUGAUUGGGUCCAACAACGCCUUUCUCAAGGCCUACAGAGCACAAAGGAACAAGAAAAAGUGAAUAAAUCAGCCAAGGGGCCAAUCUCUAAAUCUUCAACCACGGACAAUCAAUCUCCAGCAAAGCCCAAGAACAAUGAGUCUACCGAGCCAUUCAAAUUGAGUUUCUAUUGCAUUGUAGAGGAACAAUCGGAACCCUUCCCAGGGGACAUUCUCGCUAACCAAACUAUUGACGAUUUAAAGAAGGCCAUCAAAGCAGAGAAGCCUGGCCUCGAUCAUGUCGCCGCUUGUAAUAACUAA